AUGGAAAGACCAGUGGCCGAAAUCCGGACAGUGAUCCAACUGCUCGUCCAGUCCCCUCCUUCGCUCCAACAAAAGGCGAUUGAGCGUUUCUUCGUCCCCGAUGCAUCGUUUGCGCAUCCGUUCUGUCGGGUGCCCAGCUUCAAUGGAAGCCGGUGGUGGAUUACCAAGAUCUUCCAGUGGUAUAAGAUCAUGUCUCCACGGAUUGAGAUGCAAGUUCACUCAGUCGCAUUCGAUGAGGAUCAAUUGAAGCUCUAUGUCAACAUGUCCCAGAUCUUCUCAAUCUGGCUGGUCCCCUUCCAUGUCGCACCUGUGACAUUGACCACAGUCUUGGAUUUGACCACCGACCGGGCACAAAGUGAUGCAUCUACCAACGGCGACCACACCAAGUACUACAUCACCCGACAGGAGGAUCUGUAUCAGACUUCGGACUUUAUCAAGUUCCUGCUGCCGCAUAUUGGUUACUGGCUCGUCAUGGCCUGGCACCUGAUGGCCACCUUCUUCUGUCUUGUUGGUGUGACUGCGCUCUGGCCCAUGCUGUACUUGGAAGAGAACGGUUACCUGCCAGUUUGGAUUUCGCGGGGUAACCUGGCCUAUGACAUUGGGGAGAAACUUCCUGAGAUCAAGAAGGAGUAG